AUGACAGGAAGCAAAUUUGGUCAAGGAGGUGCCAGUCAUGUCAUAGACAUCCCGGAGGAAUAUGCUAGCGAUAUCAUCAACAUUCGGGAUAAAGGAAAAGGAAAAGCUGUUGAAGCUAUUAGUAAUGUUGAGGAGAAUGAGUACUUGGCUUGCCAAGCGGAAAUGGAAGAGAUGUUACACAAAAGAAACUCCUUAUUCACUGCCAAUGACAAUGAUUCUUGUAUUUUUAGGCUUCCUCACAGGUUCAAGGAUCCGAAAGGCUUACCUUACUGGCCCAUGAUGAUUUCUAUUGGACUGUACUGUCGGGACAAUACUAAACUUAAAAAAAUGGAGGGCCUCAAGUGGGGAUGCUUUGAACAUUUACUGAAAAUUAACGAUGGAUGCUUUAUCAUUGAAGUAAUUAGGUAUUUUUAUUCGGUGAUAAGAGAAAAUAGAGAAUUCUUGGAAUCCCACCCUCUUAGCAGUCCAAGGAUAGACCGACAAAUGUUUCAAGUAAUGUGCGAGGACUUGCUGUUGCUGGAGAACCAGAUCCCACAUGUUGUUCUUGAGAAAUUAUUUCAAAUUUCUAUAGUGUCUUGGGAUGGUUCAGAUCAUUCAUUGUCCUUGAUUGGGAAAGUUUUUUCACCCAUAUUGGGAACUCCAUACGAGGAAGACAUGUGUUGUUUUCGCCGGAUCAAAUACCUGCAUCUGUUGAAUGUGGUACGGUUUAUUUUUGUCCAAAUUGAUCGUGAAAAACAGCUUCCAAUUCUUCAAGAUCUUCUUGAGGGGUAUUGGAGCAUACCGAUGGAGACUAUCCUGCGCAUUUCAAUACUAUGCUGUGAAGGGAUAAAAUUUAAACCGCGUAAGAAGGAUAAUUUGCUCGAAGUUGAAUUUUUGAAGGGUGGGGAGGUUGAAAUGCAGACCACCAUUCUCCAUGACCUGAUGUGUUUAUUUUUCACAAACUGCGUGGCAUUGGUGCAAUGCCACCGUUACAGUUCAAAACAUUUUUCAGUUCAAGCCUUCAUAUUGGAUUGCCUUGUGAACGAUGCUACGAAUGUCGAGUUCCUAUGUGAGAAUGGAGUAAUAAAAAAUUACAUUGAGAACGACUCUCAUGGUUUCAUCAACAAUUUGGGGAAGGGUUUGAACCUUGGUAAUGAGGGCUUUAAGAUUUACAAGAUGUGCAAUCAAGUCAACAACUAUUCUAAUAGUCGUUCACGUCAGCUGUGGACAAGCUUCAAGAAUCAAUACUUUGGUAAGCCAUGGCUGCAGAUCUCAGUAUUGUAUGCCAUUGCACUUUUUGUGCUUACUUUAUUACAAACUAAUUACACUAUACAUCCAUCCUCCUAA